GCUUGGUUGUGCUCGAUGUAAAGUUGCUUUUUGUAUUUCUAGUGCAAUUUUGAGUUAUACUUUAUUAGUGCUCUCAAUCAGUGUGAUACAUACAAUGGAAUUAGUUCGAUUGCUCAGCGUGUGUCGACUUUGUCUUAAGCAUCCCUCAAAUUACAGUUCCAUCUUCAGCGACGAAAGCCUAAUGAAGAAGAUCGCCUAUGUCUUUCAAUUUCCAGUUCAACAGUUCGAAUCCUUGUCAACUGUGAUAUGCUCACCGUGCCUUGGAACCGUGGUUGACUUUGCCGAGUACGCAGAAAGAGUGGGUCAAAAUCAAGCAUACCUAAAGUUGUUGGUAGACAAAAUCGCCGAUAGAAGUAUAAAACAGUUAUCCGCAGCAUCACACAUAAACACAACGGUAACCAACGAGCAAGAGUGUGAUUUAGAGGAGGCAGUAGCUGAUCAAGAAGAUCCAGAGGUUAUACCGGUGGUUUCGAACGUAUCAGAAACAUCAAGCAAAGUCGAUGGUGAUUUGGUAAGCCAAUAUCUGGGAUUUCACUGUGAAGUGUGUGAUAAAAAGUUGGACAGCUUUCAAGCACUGAAAGAGCACUGUCGCGUUACGCACAAAACCGUGGCGAGGGUUAGCUGUUGCGGUAAGCGCUUUACCCGGAAGGACAGGUUACACACACAUAUUCUAAACCACGUGCAACCUGAUGCAUUCAAGUGUGAAACUUGCAGUCAGGUAUGCAAGACCAAGGCAACACUGCAGGCGCAUCGGAAGCAACAUCUAUCGCCGGAGGAAAGACCAUACCACUGUACCAGAUGCGAACAGAGAUUCGUUUCGCGAUCGCAACUGACCAAUCAUGAAUUUACUCAUGUGCCAAUCGAUCAACGAAAGCACGUGUGUCCACAGUGUGCAAAGGCAUUUGCCUUUAGGUACAGCCUCGCAAGACACAUGAAGGUUCACAGUCAACAUGCAAAGGAAUUUGUUUGUGAAAUAUGUGCCAAAUCGUAUUCCACUCAGGUGGGGCUGAAACAACAUCUGAUUGAUCACGAAACCGCGGAAGGGGCACUACAGCCACGAGUGCAGUGUACAGUAUGCCACCAGUCGUAUAAAAAUCGAGACACUUUGCGACUUCAUGUUCGCGACAAACACAAGAGCGCAGGUGUUCAUUUCUGUGAAACCUGUGAGAAGGAUUUUCCUACCAAAAAUAAGCUUGCCACCCACAUCAAAUAUGUCCACGUCCGGAACGUUCGCUAUCCGUGUAAAGUGUGUGGAGCAGCAUUUCGUCGGCGCGUUGAACUGAGAGAACAUGCCACACGCCAUACUGGCAAAGCUCUGUACGAAUGUAACGACUGUGGUCAAACCUUCAACCAUAGCUCCAACUAUUCGACUCACCGGAAAAACAAACAUAAGAGGCAGGAAAGAAUCAACAAUGAGCGGCAAAAUGAUGAAGCGGCUUAAGGUACGAAGCAAUUGGUGAUGGGUUGAAGUCGUCCAAUUAUGUAAAAUAUGGUCUAACUUACGUAGGGUAUACUGUAAAUAACCACUUCCAAAACGCCAUAAUAUGGUAGAUUACCUUUUAUUUCUUAUCAUUAUUAAUUUUCCCAACGUUGAGUAGUUGUGACCGCUGGGGGAAAUUCGGUAACAUGUUUUUGGGGGUUUAUUUUUCUUGCCGUGUUUUUUUUUGUAACUUUGAUUAUGAUUGGAUAGCGAUGAAAAUGCAAUGAUCUGAUCUUUAAAGCUGACCAGCUACGGAGGAUCUCAAUAAUGUAUCCAUCCAUUUCGGUGAAAUCAUCGCUAUGUACGAUCUGAGAAAAUGUGAUUUUGUUUUUUUUACAAAACAAUUACAUCGAUGUAGUAUUUGCAUUCUAAUUUACAUGACACUCUAGAUGCAUUUCAGUUCUCCGAGCAAACGUGUUGGGAAAACGAAAGCAAAAUACAAGAAGUAAAAUAGAAGUCUGUGCAAAGCAAGAGAGAUGUAGUUGCAAAUCAUUUUCCAUGUACUACAAGAUAGUACAGAACGUGCGAAAGAGUCGUGCUGGGGAGAAUAGAGAGUGGAAAGGAAAGAAAGGAUUGUUAUCGAAAUUAGGUUUAUCAGAUGUGGUCGGUGUAUCAUGGUGGCAUGAGUGCGUAUGGAUGUGAAUAGUUUAAAUGAACAACGACACUUUUCUUUUUGGUAGCCGUUGGAUACUGGAUAGUGAUCUAUUAAAUAUAAGAAAAGAGGAAACGUAGUGGUCGGUGAUAGCGAAUGUCUUGAAGAAAAACAACCAGUCGCUCGUCGAUUACUUCCCCGGGGGUGCAACCGGAGUGCGCUUGAGGCGCCCGGCACGGUAUCCGACACGGUUGAAAAAUUUGUUUUCAAAAUGUUGCCCAUAUAUUUGUUGCGAUAUUUACGACCAUUCAAUUUGUUAACAAAAACAUAUUCAGAUGGUGCAGUUGGUUUAUGGCGUUAUUCAUUAGGGUACUAUCGUUGUUUUUUCUUCGUGCAAGAAAAGCAGGAUAGUAGUAACUUGUAAAAUUUCGGUUUUUUCUUUCCUGUAGAUUGCAGUAUGGUUUAGUUUUUGGCAAAUACAUGGCGGCGUGCGUCGAUAAGUGUUGAAUAGAUUGCGAAGGGUCGUACGUAAAGAAAAUUGGACAAUUAUUUUUUUUAAUAAAGAAAAGAAGCUCACUCCAAAGCAAGCAAAUGAUUUGGUUUGGUUUGGUUUUUAAUGUUGAAUAACGCGACGUAGGAAAAGAGAGAAAAGAAAAGAACAAGAGAAAGAGAAAAAUUUAUUAAAAAUGAAAAAAAUGCAAAGUAGUGAAAAGGAAAACGAAUUCUCAACAGUUAACAAGAAAAACGAACGAACAAUAACUACAACUUGUAGAAACACAUUUUGAAAACAAAUUUUUCCUCGACACGAAGGACCAACGAGCGGAAGAUGGACUCGAGACAAUCAAUCUUGUUAUCAGCUGAUUAGGGUGGUCAAAAAAUCAACAUAUUAUAGACGUGCACAGCGUACAAAAGGGCCUUUAGAGAAUGCCAAAAAUAAUCAAACCAAUGUCAAGGUCGGGAAAUGGAAGUAUAACACACGCACGUGUUGGUGGUUUUUGGUUGCGUUGUAUCGUGCACGCGUGGAGAAAGUGAAUGAUAGUACACA